AAAUUAUGCAAACCCCAAAGAAACACCCAACACAAAUAGUCCAACUUUCAUCAAUGGCUAAUUACCGACACCAUGAAAACCAGGGCAGCAAUGGUCAAAAGCAAGCGGAGGUGGUGGUGGUGAUGGUGCCGUUUCCAGCGCAAGGCCAUCUGAACCAGCUCCUCCACCUCUCCCGCCUUAUCUUGUCUUACAAUAUCCCCGUCCACUACGCCACCUCCUCCAUCCACAACCGCCAAGCCAUGCUCCGCCUCCAUGGCUGCGACCCAAGCUCAGUUUCAAACAUCCAUUUCCACGACUUCGUCAUCCCGCCUUUUGUCUCCCCUCCUCCCAACCCCAACGCGCCAAACAAGUUCCCUUCGCAUCUACAGCCAUUGUUCGACGCUUCCUUGCAUCUCCGUCAGCCCGUGGGCGCGCUUCUACGUGAACUUUCGUCCAAAGCGAGAAGAGUCGUCGUCAUCAACGACUCCAUGAUGGCGUACGUGGUGCAGGACGUGGUUGCCAUCCCAAACGCCGAGUCGUACACUUUCCACAGCGUGUCGGCUUUUGCUUUGUUCUUGUAUUUGUGGGAAGCAAUGGGAAAAGAAGUACCGUCGUUAGAAGCAGACGGCGGCAAGAAUAACAAUAUCCCGAAAGACCUUCCGUCUCUUGAAAGUUGCUUCACGAACGAGUUCUUGGACUUCAUUGCUUUUCACUGUGACUUCCAAAAGUUGAGCUCUGGGAGACUCUACAACACAUGCAGGAUCAUAGAAGGUCCCUAUCUGGAUUUGAUGGAAAAGAUACGUGGAGACAAGAAGCACUGGGCUCUUGGGCCAUUCAAUCCAGUCAGGAUACCUGAAAAGAAGAUCAGUUCAAAUAUUGGACGGCACAAGUGCUUGGACUGGUUGCAUAAACAGGCCCCUAAUUCGGUAAUAUAUGUGUCUUUUGGGACGACAACCACCAUGGAAGAAGAGCAAAUAAAGGAGCUGGCAAUUGGGUUGGAGCAAAGCGAGCAAAAAUUCAUCUGGGUAUUGAGGGAUGCUGACAAAGGAGAUGUUUUCAAUGGAGAAGUUAGAAAGGCUGCGGUUCCCAAAGGGUUUGAAGAGAGAGUUAAAGAGAGGGGAAUAGUGGUGAGAGACUGGGCCCCUCAGCUGGAAAUUCUAAGCCACCCUUCAACCGGAGCGUUUAUGAGCCAUUGUGGAUGGAAUUCUUGCAUGGAGAGCAUCACCAUGGGAGUGCCGAUAGCGGCGUGGCCGAUGGCGUCCGACCAGCCGAGGAACGCAGUGCUGAUAGCGCAGUUGCUGAAAGUUGGUAUUGUCGUGAAGGAGUGGUCCCAUCUGGAUCAGAUAGUGACGUCAAGGUCUGUGGAAAAUGGUUUGAAAAUGUUGAUGGCAUCGAGAGAAGGGGAUGUGAUAAGGAAGAGGGCAGCGGAUUUGGGCGGUGCUGUCAGGCGCUCUUUGGACAGAGGUGGAGUUUCAUGCAUGGAGUUGGAUUCUUUCAUUGCUCACAUCACUAGGCCGUAGAGGGGAUCCUAUAGACAUCAAAGACCAAGGGAAAACAAAAGAAAUGCCCAUAUUUUUUUUUUCUUCUUCUGUCUUUUUCUUUUUCUUUUCGAUCUAUUCAAUUGGGGGAGGGGGAAAAGAAAGAAAAGAAAAAAGAAAUGCAGAUCUGAAAUCCAGUUAAUUA